GUGGUUAUUAUCAAAACGACUUGAUGCCUUCACUUGUUCGGGUUUUAAUACGCACGUGUGUAUAGAAAUGCGCUUUUUCUUGUUAUUGUCGAAGAACUAAGCCGUAAUACAACAAGAGUCAUAUUUAAUAACGCAUAUAACGCAUUUCUUAAUCGACCCAAAAUGAUUUUUGAGCGUAAUUAGAUCAAACAAGGAGCCGAAGCACGCCUUGUUUUUAUGUUUUUGUAUAAAUCGAAGCUAUGAAGAUCACAGACAAGGUUUUACGGAGUUUUAAGGUUGCCAGGACGUAUAGUCUCAACAAAGUUAACUGUGUAGACUACAGCCCAAAUGGUGAAAGUGCUGUAUCAAGCAGCGACGACGACUCCAUUGUAAUAUAUGACAUCCAACAGGGAAAGCCUAAUGGGAAUCUGUACAGCAUGAAGUAUGGAGUAGACCUCAUCCGCUUCACAAACAGAGACACUCAAACUGUGGUGUACAGCUCCAACAAACAAGAUGAUACAAUCCGAUACCUGUCGCUCACGAACAACACGUUCCUUCGAUAUUUCCCUGGCCACACCGCACGGGUUACUGCGCUCUCCAUGUCUCCAGUGGAGGAUAUAUUUAUCUCCAGCUCGUUGGAUGAGACAGUCCGCAUCUGGGACCUGCGUUUGCCCACCUGUCAGGGUGUAAUCAACACAAUGGGGAAACCUAUUUGUUCGUUUGAUCCAGAUGGGUUAAUAUUUGCUACAGGGGUUGGAUCACAUGAGAUUAAACUGUACGACCUUCGUGCUUUUGACAAGGGUCCAUUUUCCUGCAUUGAGACCAGGUUUAAACGUGUCUGUGACUGGACUGGACUCAAGUUCAGUAAGGAUGGGAAGCACAUUCUCAUUUGUACGAACGGCGGAGCUAUUCGCAUCCUGAAUUCUUUUAACGGAUCUGUGCUGUACACUUUUUCAGGCUACAACAACAGUAAAGGCGUCUCCCUGGAGGCCUGCUUCACUCCAGACUCAAAGUUUGUUAUGAUCGGUUCGGAAGACGGGAGAGUUCACGUGUGGAGCAUUGAGAAUGGGAUGAAGGUGGCCGUGCUGGAUGGAAAGCAUCAAGGACCGAUCAACACUCUGCAGUUUAACCCUCUGUACAUGACGUUCGCCAGCGCCUGCUCCAGCAUGUUGGUGCUAGAUUUAUUCAAAGAGCCGGUGCAGACAUGGGACAAGGAUUACGAUCAGUUUCUGCUUCCUCUUCUCACACCGCAGGAGCCUUGCUACAUCCUCUACCGCCUGGACUCCCAGAAUGCACAGGGAUACGAGUGGAUAUUCAUCUCCUGGUCACCUGACCAAUCACCAGUGAGGCAGAAGAUGAUGUACGCUGCGACUCGUGCCACGCUGAAGAAAGAGUUUGGAGGAGGUCACAUCAAAGACGAAAUGUUCGGCACGGUCGAGGAUGACCUGUGCUUUCAGGGAUACUUGCGCCACAGCUCCUCCUGCUCGUCUCCAGCUCCGCUCACAACAGCUGAGCAGGAGCUGCAACGAAUUAAAGUCACAGAGGGUCUUGCGUUCCCUUUACAAGAAGAUGCCAAAAGAGCUCUGCAGCAGCUCAAGCAGAAACGCAUCAAUUACAUACAGCUGAGGCUGGAUGUAGAUAAAGAGACCAUUGAGCUGGUUCACACCAAACCGACAGAAAUUCAUGAGCUUCCCUUCAGGAUUCCAACAGAUACCCCUCGAUACCACUUCUUCGUCUUCAAACAUUCCCAUCAGGGCCAGCAGCACGAGGCGUUAGUGUUCAUAUAUUCGAUGCCGGGGUACACCUGCAGCAUCAAGGAGCGGAUGUUGUACUCCAGUUGUAAGAACAGGUUACUGGAUGAGGUGGAGAGAGACUAUCAGCUGGAGGUCAACAAGAAGAUGGAGAUCGACAGCGGCGAUGGUCUGACGGAAGAGUUCUUGUAUGAAGAAGUGCACCCGAUGGAGCACGCCCUAAAGCAGGCCUUCGCCAAGCCUCGUGGACCAGGAGGGAAGAGGGGCAACAAACGCCUCAUCAAGAGUCCUGGAGAGAACGGGGAAGAAAUUUAGAUAUUAUUGACACACGUACAUAUUACACAGGCAAAUGUAAUUAUAGCUUGAGAAUUAACCAGGUAUUUGACUGCUUAGCUUCUAACCACUACUUCUUCUUUUUUUAAAGAAAGUUUACGUUUCACACUAAACAA